GGGGUCUUCCAACAUGGCAGCUCCAGGGUACCCUGGUCCUCAGCCCGGCUAUCCUGCCCCUUCCCCCCCCUACCCCGUGCCGCAGCCACAUCCCGCCCCGACGGCACCCAGCCCAGGCUUCAGCGUCUAUCCGGCUCCCAUGGCGGGGCAUGGAGUUCCCCCGCAGCCUCCCCCGCGUGGAUAUCGGGAGCAUGCCGCGACGCCUCAGCACCACCAGCAAGCGCCAGACCCCCACGCCACCAUCGCCCCUUACAUGCCUGUCAGUGCCAGCAUCCCUCCUGGCUUGGAGUAUCUCAUGCAGGUUGACCAAAUUUUGAUACACCAGAAGGUGGAACUUGUGGAAGCGUUCAUCGGCUUUGAGGGGAACAACAAGUACGAGGUCCUCAACAGUCUGGGCCAGCAGAUCUUCCACGCAGAGGAGCAGAACGACUGCUGCACCCGCAACUGUUGUGGCUCCCUGCGCCGCUUCUCGAUGAGGGUGGAGGACCCCGCGGGGCGUGAGGUCUUGCGCAUCGUGCGCCCCCUGAAGUGCGUCAGCUGCUGGUUCCCAUGCUGCCUUCAAGAGCUGGAAGUGCAGAGUCCUCCUGGCAUCACCAUUGGGCACGUGGUCCAGACGUGGCACCCCUUCACGCCCAAGUUCUCCAUCCAGAACGCCGAUAAAGAGACGGUCCUGCGUGUUUUGGGGCCCUGCUUCGCCUUCAGCUGUGGCGGGGACGUCAACUUCGAGGUGAAGACGCUGGACGAGUCGCGCGGCGUGGGGCGGAUCAGCAAGCAGUGGAGCGGUCUUCUCAAGGAGGUCUUCACCGACACAGACAACUUCGGGAUCCAGUUCCCCAUGGACCUGGAUGUGAAGAUCAAGGCAGUCCUGCUGGGCGCCUGUUUCCUCAUUGAUUUCAUGUUCUUUGAAAAGACUGGGGAAGUCGGGCAGCGGAGCUCCGUGAUCACAAGCUAGAAGUGCGCCGAAUCCA